AUGCCGGAAAUUGAGCUUCGCGCUGUUUCCAGAGCAGCAUGGCUUAUCAGGUCCACGGGCAGGCGACCUUGGAUCUGUCCGCCAUGCAGAAACGCUGUUGUUCGGAGAGAAUCGCGGCGCGCAAUGAGCAGCGCUCCGCAGGUUGGCGACAAGAAGCCAUUCUACAUUACCACACCUAUAUUCUAUGUGAAUGCGGCUCCCCAUGUCGGACAUUUGUAUACCAUGAUACUUGGGGAUGUUCUGAAACGAUGGCAGAUUCUGUUGGGUGACACGGAUGCGAAGCUCCUUACAGGGACGGAUGAACAUGGUUUGAAGGUACGAUUGGGAUAA